AAAUUGAAAAAGAAGAAUCGCAGACUCAUGCCAAUUCCAAUCGGAAUCGGCUGGUACUGACCCCGAUUCGCUCCGCCAAUUGUCGGCAAGAUUUCUAGGGUUCAAGAGUCCAGACGGUAAGAAGCUGGAAGUGGAGAACCAGAGCUUGGUUUCAGGGGUCAGUCCCUUUGUGGCUUUCUUCCAUAUUUCCUAUUUCAGCUACGCAGGAGAAAGGCGAACAACGGUGUGGUUCGUUGAGAAGUAACCAAAUUCGUUGGGCGGAGGAGGAGAAGAUGCAAAAUUCAGAAUAAUCAACACAUCUCGAUGUCUUCAAUUUAUGUGUUAGAGCCUCCUACGAAGGGAAAGGUUGUAUUGCAGACGACCCAUGGACCACUCGACAUCGAGCUUUGGCCCAAAGAAGCACCCAAGGCGGUUAGGAACUUCGUUCAGCUCUGCGUCGAUGGUUACUAUGAUAACACCAUCUUCCACCGAAUUAUCAAAUCCUUUCUUGUUCAAGGCGGCGAUCCCACGGGAACUGGAUCUGGUGGUGAAAGCAUUUAUGGGGGUGUAUUUGCUGAUGAGUUCCAUUCUCGGUUGAGAUUCAAACACCGGGGACUAGUGGCAUGUGCAAAUUCUGGGUCUCCCCAUUCCAAUGGAAGUCAGUUUUUUAUGACUUUGGACCGCUGUGAUUGGCUUGACAAGAAGCACACAAUUUUUGGGAAGGUAACUGGGGAGUCAAUAUUUAACCUUCUGAGGUUAGGUGAUAUUGAAACAGAUAAGAGUGAUCAGCCAUUGGAUCCACCUCCAAAGAUAGUCUCUGUUGAGGUAUUAUGGAAUCCUUUCGAUGAUAUUGUUCCAAGGCAAUUACCUGGGAAAUCUUUACCAAAUUCCACGACUGACAACGAGAGCAAAGAUCAGAAGAAGAAAGCUGUAAAAAAGCUGAAUUUGCUUUCAUUUGGAGAAGAAGCUGAAGAAGAAGAGAAAGAAUUGGCAGCUGUUAAAGAGAAGAUUAAGAGCAGUCAUGACAUUUUGAAUGAUCCUCGUCUCCUCAAAGAAGAGAUACCAAAAAGGGAACUGAGCUCAUCAGAUGCCAAGAAAAAAAGGGAUUUGCAGCUGUCUGUCAGAGAAGCUCUUGUCUCAAAGAACGAAGAGUCACAUAGAGGAUCUGACCCCAAUUUUUCUGAAUCUCAUGAUCUUAGUGAUGAAGAUGAAGCCGGUUUUGAUGUACGCAUGCGUCUUCAAAUUCUUAAAAAAAGGAAGGAACUAGGUGACCCCCCAACAAAACAAAAAUUGCGAAAAGAGAAUUCCAUUUUGAAGGACUAUGUAAAGUCUCCUGUGAGGACCAAAGAUGAAGACAGUGAUGACCAACCGAAGACGGAGAAGCUUUCUCUGAAGAAAAAGGGUGUAGGUUCUGAAGCCAGGGAUGAACGUAUGGCUGAAGCAGAUGGGAACUUGCUUCUGAUGGGGCAUGCUGAGCGUGUAAGACAGUUGCAGAAAAUGAAGAAGCGCAGACUUCAGGGCCGUUCUGAAGAAGUGUUGGCAAAACUGGAGAACUUCAAGAAGACUUUGUCUGCAAAGUCUAGUGCACCAGGUGGCAAGUCUGGUGGCAAGUCUGGUGGGGAAAGAGAGGAGGAUCUAUCUGGUUGGAGGGAACAUCGGUUGAGUUUUGCUCCUGGUUCAUCUGACAAGGAUGGCAUGGCUCGGAAAGAUGACCCAGAUGAGUAUGUGGUGCUUGAUCCUCUUUUGGAGAAGGGGAAAGAGAAGUUCAACAAGAUGCAAGCCAAGCUGAAGCGACGGGAGCGUGAGUGGGCUGGAAAAUCUAUUACCUAAUUUGGACUGACAGACAAAGAGAACAUGAAGCUCAUGAGAGAGCAUAGCCAUUUCAACAAGGAAAAGUGCCUGCUGAUUUAGUUUGGCGAUUACAUUUUUAUUUUUUCACCAAAUGCCCACUGGUUCCUUUUCCCUUGCCCCGUUCUUCACAAUUAUCUUUGUUAGCACAAAUUGACGAUACUCUGUAUAUAAGAAAGAUAUUUAAUUUCUUUUCAGGUUCUGGUAUAUAAGAAUGAUCAGGUUAGGAUUGACAGGCAAUAGACCACCUUCAGUCCUGCCAUUACAUGUGCAUAUGGAAAUGGAUCCCAAAGGUUUUUAAAUGAACAAUUAAUUUGCAA